AUGUUCACGGGUAUUGUGGAGUGUGUAGGGACUGUGCUGGAGUACAACGUGUUUGAUGGGAGCGAGGCUGGCGGCCAGGGCAUCUCCGUGGUCGUUGGCGGUGCCGGUAGCAUCCUGGAGGACUGCCACAUUGGCGACUCGAUAGCCGUGGACGGUGUGUGUCUGACGGUGACUGCCUUUGACCAGGAAACGUUCAAAGUCGGGAUCUCGCCAGAGACGGUGAAGCGGACUGCUUGUGCGCAGUGGUCGACCCCCGGGGCGUCUGUGAACUUGGAACGUGCCGUGCGGCAGGAUGUGAGGUUCGGUGGCCACUACGUGCAGGGUCACGUCGACACGGUGGCGCGCCUUGUCAGUAAGGUACCCGAAGGCAACUCUGUCGUGUUCGGGUUCCAGUUGCGCGAUUCGCAGUACAUGAAGUACAUCGUCGAGAAAGGGUUUGUGUGCAUUGACGGUGUGUCGCUGACGAUCACCCGCGUGGACGACCACAGGGCCACUUUCUACAUCGCGAUGAUCAAGCACACGCAGGAGAACGUCACGCUGCCGGGCAAGCGGCUGAACGAGGACGACGUCAACAUCGAGGUCGAUCUCACGGGGAAAGUCAUCGAGAAGCAGAUCUCCGUCGCGUUGGAGGCUCAGUUCGAGCAGGAGGACUCCCCGCUGAUCAGAACACUGAACAGACUCAUCGAUGCCAAGCUUGCAGCGAGAAACAACUGCUGA